AUGCACCCCACGUCAUCAGGCUACUGCCAUCAAGUUCCCAGCGAGACGGAGAAGGCAAAGGCCACAUCAGCGACGCAUCAGAAACGCAGCCGCGAACACAGCAGAAUUCCGAUGAACCUGGCAGCAAUACACCAUCAGAAGACACAGGAGGGAGUUGAAUCAAGAAGGAGAGAUAUGGGGGAAGCAACUGCAGAACCAGAACCCGUAGCAGACUUCAUCGGCUCCGAAGAAGGAAGCACAUACCAUGUGGGGCUGUGA